ACCGCUGGUACAGUAUUGGUCUACUUGUGGUAUACUGGGCAUGAUCAAGUUUUGUGACGGUUGCAACUUAUCAAGUCAGGCAUCAGGUUGAUUGGGUCGUGUAUGAUAAUAAAUAAAUCCUUUGAAUGUAGGGUGCAGCAUCCAUGAUACAUAGAGAACAAGAGAGAGAAGAUUGGUGCACAAAAUGAGAGCAGAAGUCAUUCAAUGGAGAGUACUGUCAUUAGCAAUAUAUGGAGCUAGUUUAGAAAGAAUAUCUCGGUAGCUGUCAGUCGCCAAAAUGGAAGACUCGCUUCUUGAAGUUGUGGAAGGAGAAGUGGCUAUCAUGAAGAGUGCAUACAAUGAAGAAUUUUUUGACUUGAGACAAGAAGAUCCAUGGAAAGUAUCUCGACCACCUGAGGUAAAAAUUACACUUGGCCCUAAUCGGUCCCAGGGUGGCACGCUGCACUCGCACAUCAAAGUUGUCUUGAGAAUAAAAACAUCGGAGAAAUACCCACAUGAACCGCCUAUUGUUGUAGUGGAAUCAUAUAAUGGCCUUUCAGAUAGAGAGGCGGAUGAACUGGUCCAACAGCUUGAGACAAAAGCUUCUGAAUUUGCACAGAAAGGAACAGUAGUUAUGUUAGAACUUUGCCAGCAUACGCAAAAUUAUCUUGGUGAACAUGCAAGACCUUAUAAUGACUGUAUAUAUGAUGAGAUGGUUGCUGAGCAGGAGUCUCGUAGGAAAGCAAGUGAAGAAGCCAAGAGAGAGAUGCAAAGGCAGCAAGAGAUCGAAGAAGAACAGCAUCGGGCUGUCAUGCAAGAGGAAAUUGCUAGAGUAAAAGAGGAAUUAAAAGCAGAAGAGCUGCAGAGGAAAGAACAAAGAUUUCGUCCAUUCUGUUUGUCAGAUAACAAGUCACAUGGGUCUGAUGGUUCAGACUCUUCAACUCACCGGCGUUCUUUCAGGAUAAAGAGUCGAUCGUUGUCUGAUGGUUCCUCAGAGCAUGGAUCAGGAGAGCUAUCAAAAAAAUCUGCCGAAGUGCACUUCCCUCGAGCAGGAAAGCAGGAACGUGUUGCAGUAUUGAUGGGAUGUUUAAGCGAACGUAAAAUUCAAGGCUGCCGUGUGUUAGAAGCACAAGAUAAGGUGUCUUCGGAAAAAUGUGUUAUCUACAUAUGGCAAAUUAGACUACAAAGAACUGGAAGGAGAGGAAAUCAUGUGAAAGUUGGACAAGAAAGCCAGAUUGAAGAAUUAAUUGGGAAAUUUUCUGGCUUGGAAAAGGAAAUGAGUUCAUUAUUACGCCUCUCACAUAAUAAUUUAGUUCAUUACAUGGGAAUGAAAGUCAGUAAUCAUCCUAAUGAAGGUAUAUCUGUCUCUGUUUUACAAGAAUAUGUGCAGGGAAUGCCUAUAAAAUACUUCAUGGAACUUAACAUACCUAUUCAUCUUCCUCUCAUCAAGCACAUUACAGAAGGAACACUACAUGCCCUGAACUAUUUGCAUCAAAAUAACGUUGUACAUAGAGAUCUUAGAGACUCCUGUAUAUUUCUUAAUGCACACUCUCGACAAGUUAAGAUAGCAGAUUAUGGAGUGGAAAGAAGAAUAGUUGAAGUUGUGCUAGAAUUCAUCGACAUGGAAGUGCCAUCAGCGUAUCCAUUAUCUCCAGGACGAGGCGGCAAGAAGAAUGAUGUAUAUCGCCUUGGCCUAAUAGUUCUCUCACUCUUCCUGGGUCAACGAGUUCAACAGAUUGUACCAACUUUACCACCCGCUCUUAGUCCAGAAUUACGAGACUUCAUUCAGCGUUGCUUGGAACUUAGUGAACAGCAGAGAUGGACAGCAGAAUGCCUUCUGAAACAUUCAUUUAUCUGUAGUUCACCAGAUGAGCGAGAGAAAUCUCCCGAGAAAGAACAAAGAAAUGAUACCUCUACAGGCACCACUGACUCUCAAACAGAGGAUGACGAGGAGUGUUCUGCAGCAGGAGUUGAAUUGACCUCGGAGGUUUCUCUUCAUCUGCCUUCCAACCUUAAAGGAAAUUCCAGAGUAGAUAAAGAAUAUGACUUUCUUAAAUGUCUGGGGAGAGGAGGAUUUGGCUAUGUGUUUAAGGUUCAUAACAAAGUUGAUGGUCAAAGUUAUGCUUUGAAGAGAAUACAGCUUGAUCAACACGUUGAAAUGGAUAGAAACAAAAUUAAUCGUGAAGUGAAACUCCUCUCCUCUCUCAAUCAUGAGAAUGUUGUACGCUAUUACACCUCUUGGAUUGAUGAACUUACACAGGAAGUUGAAGAAAGCACCAGUGUGGAAGAAGAUACAACGGAAUCAACAGCUUCACUAGGUGUAGAAAUUACAAAUAGCUCAAAAGUGUGCCCCAGUUUUAGUGAAAGUUCAGCAAAUUCAAAGAAAGAUGAGCAUGAGCAAUCAGGCCAACAAGAUGAAACUGAUUGGAGCAUCAUUUUCAAUACAAAUUCAAACCAUCCAGGCUUUGCUACGUCAGCAGACUUCGAUGAAGAGAGUGACGACGAUGAUGAUGAUGAUGAUCACUGGCUAAUGGGUAGUCUGAGGCCUUUGAUGAAGGAAGAGGAUGAAGAUUCGGACAACGUCGAGUUUAUGUAUUCAAAGCAAUUAGAAGACGAAACAGACAAUGCAUUGGACAAUAAUGUUCGAGCACAGUCUAUGACUCCCUCUGCCACACAAAAAAAGCUGCAGUUCCUCUACAUCCAGAUGCAGCUGUGCGAGAAUAACACUUUAAGGCAAGCAAUUAAUAAUGGACUGCAUAUAGAUAGUGACCGUACGUGGCGAUUGUUCCGGGAGAUGGUCAACGGGUUGGACUACAUUCACGCACAAGGUCUUAUUCAUCGUGAUCUCAAACCAGGAAAUGUGUUUAUUGACUCGGCUGACCACGUGAAGAUUGGUGACUUUGGUCUUGCAAGAGCUGCUGUCAAAGCAAAGACAACAGGUGGCAUGAUGUCAAAGGUAGACGUAGAAGAAAGUAGUGCUCUGACAGGUCAGGUUGGCACAACAUUUUAUAUUGCCCCCGAGGUUACCAAUGCCAAGGGAAAAGUAAGUUAUACGAGUAAAGUAGACAUCUAUAGUCUUGGAGUCAUCUUCUUUGAAAUGAUUUACCCGCCACUCACAACUGGCAUGGAAAGAGUUAAAGUUCUUUCAGAUAUUAGGAGACCAGAAAUAAGACUUCCUGAUGAUUUACCCGAAAGAAAAUAUACUUCUUGUGCCGAGCUAAUAUCCUGGUUGCUUCAGCACGAUCCACAUUUAAGACCAAGCACAAAGGACAUAUUGAAAUCACCUCUUUUGCCACCCCUUACAGCUGAAGAAAAGAAGUUCGUAGAAACACUAGAAGAAAGAUUGAAAAAUGUUAGGUCAUCUAACUACCAAGAAAUUCUGAACUUGCUAUUCAAGCCUUCAGCACGACCAGAAUUGGAAGCAACCUUUGAAGUAAACCGCGAAGAUACUUCAAAUUACUGGGAUUACUGGAAGCGUGAUUACUUACAGUCACUCUUUGUAGCAAUAUUCAAAGUCCAUGGGGGAAUAUGGAUACCUACUUCUUUUUAUAUACCCAAAGGUUCAUUUUACAAUGACAAAGAUAACUUGGUAUCACUCAUGGCACAGAAAGGGGAGCUCAUAUCUGCACAAUUUGAAUUAAGAUAUCCCUUUGCUCGAUUUAUUGCUCGUAGUAAGAUCAAGUUUAUGAGAAGAUACUGCAUUGAUCGUGUCCAGCGUGCUUGUAAGGUAUCUGGAAUCCAUCCUAAAGAGUUUUAUGAAUGCGCAUUUGACAUUGUCUCUUCAAAGAGAGAACUACCAGAAUCUUUAGCAAGAAUCAUGCUUGUUGCUCAUGAUAUAAUACAACAGAUUGUUCUGAGAAGUAGCGAAUUUGUUUACAUCCGUGUGGGUCACAUGGAUCUAGUUCACGUGAUCCUGAGUUACUGUGGAAUUGAUGAAGAGUUGCAUCCAAAGAUCAUCUCACUUCUAAAGGAAUGGAAUGCCAAGCGAAUGAAUAUUGAACUGUUUAUUGAUUACCUCUAUGACCUUGAAGUGGAAAAGUCUUCAGCCGAGUCACUGAAAGGGUUCCUUUACAUAGAAGGGCCAUUAGAAGAGAUUAUAUCAAGUCUUCAAAGUAAAGGGUUAAGUUCACGCCGCAAGAUUCUUGCAUCAACUGUUAAACAGGUGCUGGCUGACUUGUUGGAGAUUAAUGAGGCUUCUCAUAUCAUUGGUGUCAAGUUUGACAUCAGACUACAGCCUCUCAUGGUAGCUGAUGCGAAUCUGUAUUCUGGCUUCAUGUGCCAGUUUCUGAUGGACGUACCUAGGAAAGGGCGUAUCAUUCGGGACCUUCUAGCUCAAGGGGGCUCAUAUGAACAUCUGAUACUUCAACACAGGAAAAAACUUGUGUCAACAAAGAAGAAUGGAGAACAACCCACUGCUGUAGGAAUAAGUCUGUUUUUGGACAAGUUUUAUAGUUGCAUCGAUGAUGUUACUAAACUUAUGGCUACUGGUCGAGGAGAUAUAUCCCAGAUUGUGGCUGGCCUUGGAUGUGGAUCUGGAGUGAUCAAUGUGUUGGUGUGUGGAAUAGGAUUGAAACAGUUAAGAGAACGGGUCGACAUAGUCAGCAAACUGAGAGCAGCAAAUAUCACAGCUGAUCAUUGUCACUGUUCGGACCUUAAAGAAGCAGAAGCAGUGCUUGAGGAUUUGCACGUUUCAAACUCGGUAAUGCUAACCAGCUCGGAUAAAGCAGAUAUUAGGAUGUGCUGUGAUCCUACAGGUCGCACACUUGAGAGGAAAGUUGCAUUAGAAAAAGUAGCAGAGUUUAUUUUGAAGAAUUUAGGAGUGGGUGAUACAGGAUCAUCAUGCACCUUUUCUCGAAGUGAUUCAAAAGCUACAGGUGUGAAUAACCAAGAGGAGUACCAAUUAAAUAUUCAAUACAUAACAAAGAAACAGUCAAAGAGUAAAGAUGCUCCAAAAUUAGAUCAGCAGAUCAACAAAGAUGUGCAGAUGGCUCUAAAUUCUCGAUGGCCGAACCUUUUGCCCAACACAGUUGUUGAUGUUUGGCCUGUAGAACUUGACAAGAAAGCCCUUCUGGCUCUUGGGGCCCUGGAUUUGGACACCACUGUCAAGAGUUUUAACGAAUCUGUGAAUGAUGUAAAAGCUUCAUUUACCGAACAAAAAGAAUACAUAGAUGAGAUCUGCAAACUUCUACACCGCAAGAUAUUUCCCAGAAAGAAGUUGGACCGGUGUCCUCUUAUUUUGUACAGUAUAUCGUCCAAUAUUUGCAAGAGGAUUAUUUGAACAAUUAGUUAAAAUGUGAUGUCUUUUAGAAACAAUUGCUUUUCUAUUUUAUUCAGUGUGUAUUUCUCCAUUGAUAGUAGAGCAUGUACAUAAAUUCAAUAAUUCCCGAUACAGUUGUAUUAGUAAAUAGCAUUAUGGAAUUUGUUGGUGCUCAUCAGGUAACAUAAGCAACUGUGAUUAUCUAUUCAAGCUACAGGAGUUUAGUUUUUACUCAGAAACUCAUAUUUUAGCUUACAAAUUUGCUGAAUUUGGUUUUUAAGGUUAAAUAAAAAUUUACCACUUUUUCUAAAAUGUAAUUGGUAUCUUGUAGUAAUUUAAAUGUUGAAGUGCCAUUCAUUGUUUCACACACAUUUCUGGGGAUUUUUAUGAUAUAAGUAAAGAGACUUGUCAUGUUGUAUGGAACUACUGUAUGUUAGUUUAUAAGGCAAGUGUUGAGUGAAGGACACGUGAAGCUUUAAGAAAACUUUCUGCGACUGUGGUAUUAUUCAUAGUUUAGCAUAAUGAACAAGUGGUGCAAAAUUUAAUGUAAAUCCAUGAUGUUUUGCAUAGUUUCAUUUGGUGAAGUGAUUUAUUGUUACAGUGAUAAACACACCAGAAUGGAAUGAUACCGUCUGGAUCGGUCACACUGCAGCCGAUAAUAUUUUGUCAUUAAUCAUAUUUAUAUUAUUGCCAAUAAUAGAACACACAUUUGUGCAUAUUUUGAUACCCAAAUCACUUGGAAAAGUAAAAUUCUAAUAUAAAAAUUCAAUUAAAAUAUUUUAA